UAGAAUCGGCCCGUGGAUCCGCGCCUGUUGUUUAAUAAAAGAAAAAAGAAGGAACAUUUGAUUUAGAAGAGUUAACAAUUUCGGUAAAUGCCAACAGUCUUGUUUCUUGAAGAAAAGUGCCAAGUGCUUGUAAACAGGUAUUUUACUGGAUGUUUAAUUUCCAUGCUGACACCACGUUAAUGGUCAUCAUGGGCAACAAAAUUAAUGUCAUAAUAGCCUUGGACAAUGUUUAUAUAUGUCUACAACUGUCAUGUUUAUAUCACUAUCAAUGUUAUAUGUAGAGAGCAGCCUUUUUGAGGAGUCUAGAUUGAACCUCAAUAAAUUGAAGACAUACCUUUCACAUCUCUCUCAAAAGUCUGGCAUUUCUUUGUAAAGUGUGGCUUGUAUGCGCGAAUGCUAUUAUACAACAAAAAACAAGGUUACUUGUUCUCUAUAGCCUGAACUAAAUAUCUUGUGUGCACAGAGCAUGACUGAUACAUUUCUUCGAUUAUGAGCAUUUAGCUCCAAACCUUUGGAUAUGCUAUAGGCCUAUUUAUUCCUCAAAAGAUCCGGAGGUUUUGUUCAUUGCAUCCAGAAAACAUCAGGUUCUCGCUUUUGUGUUCAUGAUCUUCCGAUAUGGCGUCAGAACGGUCAAAACGAAUAGCAGAGGAACUAAAAUCUUGGCAAAAACCCCCAAAUAACUGCUCUGCUGGUCCAGUUGGUGAUGAUAUGACCCAUUGGCAAGGAACAAUAAUGGGUCCAGUUGGCAGUCCAUAUAAGGGUGGCGUGUUUUUCCUUUCAAUAAAAUUUCCUGAAGAUUACCCCAUCAUGCCUCCCAAGGUUGUUUUCACAACAAAAGUCUACCAUCCAAAUAUACACCGCAGUGGCAAGAUCUGUCUAGAUAUCCUCAUAUCAGAGUGGUCACCAACUGUCACUAUUGCACAAGUUUUCGAAGCAAUCUGCUUGAUGCUAACUGACCCUAACUUGGAUGACCCCCUCGUACCAGAUAUUGCACGAAUAUACAAAAAUGACAAAGAUUUUUUCAACGAUCAGGCCAAAGAAUGGACUCUAAAGUAUGCCGCCAAUACCAAAUAAUCUAAAUAAUCUGGAAGUAUAAAAAAUGGCUAUUCUUACCGUGAUUUACGUUACAAAACAUAUAUCAUGCACAAAUGUAACAUUAGAAAAAAAAUUGUGUGUAACUUGCAACGUAGAGUGGAGCAUAAUCAGGUACUGCCAUUCUGAACAGAUGUGAUAAAAUUUUGUAACAGAAGAAUUUAGAGUUGUGUCUUUUUUGUUUUGUAGAAUGUAAAUGUAAGGAUCUUUGUAACUAGGUAAAUUCUGCUCAACUAUAAACAAGGUGACUAAAAAUUGUUUACUUCUCAAAGAGAAGGUGAAAUUGUAAUCUUAUUAAUAAAUAUAAGCAAAUUGAAUGAUAGGAGGUGAAAUAAAUAUUAACUCAUUAAUUGUUGUGAUAUGUAUAUUUUGAAAACUGUUCCUCAUAACUUUAAUAUUUUUGAAUAUCUCACUAGGCAGUAAUCAAUACCCACUUUUAGGUAUAUGAAACUGGCAUAUCUAAUAACAUUUAUAAGAAAUUCAUCUUAUAUGCGUAUAUAAUUUUGUAUCUUAAUUAACAAUUCCAGUCAUAUCAUGUCAACUUUCAAUAUAUCGCCCUAACCCUUUGCAAUGUGACUCACUUUUAGAAACUAAAGUUUCGCUGUCUUUCCCUUCUAAUGUUAUGUACAUAUUUGGAUAGAGAGUUGACGGGGUGUGGGACAGAAGACUUGAGGGUCAUAGUAAUUCAGUUCACCUUUUCUUGUCUCAGGCAGCUCCGUCUGCUCUGUUAAAACCUCUUCACCUGUUUUGCAUCAUGAUCAAUCUAAUGUUUUGUUAUUGAUUUUAUAUGUUGAACGACUUUUUUUUCUUUUGAAAUGCCGAAUAAAUAAUAAUAAUGAUCUCUGGAAAGUGGCUGAAAACAUAACUGAAACAGUGAAACUAUAAGUAAGAUAGCACAUGCAAAUGUAUUCUAGCGGGGUCGUAAGGACCGCUAUUCAUAAUUUGAGAAAAAGGUCAUUAUUCCUAAGGGUCAUUACUCAUAAGGUCCGCUAUUCAUAGUCGAAGAAGAGGGUCGCUAUUCAUGAUUCAAAAUAUGGGUCAUAAUUCGUAGGGGUCCCUAUACUUAAUACGAGAAGAGGGUCGCUAUUCACCUCAUCUCGUAUUAUGGAUAGCGACCUUCAUUUCGUAUUAUGAAUAGCGGUCCACAUGAGUAAUGACCCCCAAUAUAAAUUAUGAAUAGCGCCCCUUCUUCAUGUUUAUGAAUAGCGACCCCGAUGUCGUAUUAUGAAUAGCGGUCCUUACGAGUAAUGGCACUCAAUGUGAAUUAUGAAUAGGAUUUAUAGAAUGCAAAUAAGUGUUAAAAAUGGGGAGAAUGAUAUUUCAGAUUACAUGUACGACAUGUAAAAUGAUUCUUGCUUCCAAUUGUUUUUUAUAUGUUUGAACAUCACAUCUAUAUGAAUAAAGUUAUUUGAAAACCUCAGAUAAUUAUUCUUUUGCUGACAUUUUUGCUCUGAAGUUUAAAAAAACAAACAUUAUGACUUUUUUUUUACAUUGUGAUGUAUUUGAUUCAAACUAUCUACCCGUAAUAUAUUUUUGUUGUAUAAGUUUUAAUAUAAUAUUAUUGAUAUUAUCUUUUUUUUACCGACUCUGUUGGAUGUUACUUCAUGUAUGCGUACAAUAAGAUAUGUCAAAUGAAAAGGGAAAACACAUAUGUUUGUUUAGCUUAAAAUUAUUACGGGUAUACAUAUACUAAAUAAUGUACAUUGCAUGAACUGUGAAAUGCAUAUUGUAAUGAAGGAUUACCAGAAAGCCAUCUAUCUUCAUGUGAUAUGAAGGGUUCCACACACACAUUUUUCACAGUAGGUCGGGGGAGUGUUUCACACUGAUCCUAAGUUGAACCUAUCUCUAAGUUGGACUUAACAAUUAUGGAAAGUCGUUAGCAUCUUAAAAAACAUUUUAUGAAAGUUAUUUCAAAAGGCAUAAAAAAGUUGAUUCAAAUCAUUCAUAGUAUCUAGGAGAUUUCCUGUUCUUGAUGUGGAAUUUAUGUUAAGUCUAAAAUACCUGAAUUUUUCCUUUUGAAUGUAUUUUAUGUUAAGGCUACAAAUGGCUCUCCAUAAUUUUUAAGUCCAUUAAGAAUCUUUGUGAACCCCCCCCCCCCCCCCUGGAAUGAAAUAUUUAGGUUCUAUAUACGUAGGUCCUCUGUUGAGAUUUCAAUAAUCUGGGGUCCAGAAUUAAAAUAUUUUUACCGAACUCUCGUUGGUGUCGAGCCCUGUGAUAGGCAAAAUCCUCUUUGGCAAUGUUAAUACAAUAAUGAGUCCUUACAUUAUGUUCACUGCAUGUAUAUGUAAAAUUCUUAUAUUGAAAAGUUAAAAGUCGUUAAAUCCCAUUGUUAAAUUCUGCAUGGGUCUUUUAAGACGUUAUAGCUAUAUGGUGUCGGUCCAAAGCGUUCUAGAUGACAGGUAACCCGGCCGGAAACACAAACACUACACUGUGAAAAAAAUGGGCAACAUUUUCAACACUUUGCCCAACGUUGUGCCAAUAGUCAACCCAACCAUCUAUUGGGCAAUAUUUUCGUAUUUUUCCCAACAGCUGGUCAAGAUUUUCCCAACAAAUGGGCUACCGUAGUCGGACAGUUGAGGGGUCAUUAUCUUUGCCCAAAUUUUGGUCAAAAUACGAAAGAACUAUGCACGUGUGAAGUAGGGUACUUACGUUUACCAAUACCACUGGGCAAAAUAUUGCCCGAUAGAUGGUUGGGUUGACUAUUGGCACAACGUUGGGCAAAGUGUUGAAAUAAUAUUGCCCAAAUUUUUCACAGUGUAGUGACAUUUUGUUAAAGAAAUAAAAUGUAGAUAAGUGAUUUUUUUUUUCCUUCUCAAUAUACAGUGUGUUGAAGGACAACAAUAAUAAUUUUACACAGUCCAUUUUUUUCUCAACAUAUAAUAUGUUCAAUUCUGAUCACUCAACGCAAAAUUUUUGUUGUGAAAAUCGCAUGGUUAUGCAAAGUUUAUAUUUGGAAUAAAAUAUUAGUUUAAAAUGUGAUAAUGGAAAGACAGAAAUUACAGUGUAGUACGAAAUGUAAGAUUUCAAAGCCAAUUGGAUCAUGCAAGUGCAUUUAUUGCAUCAUAAUCUAACCACUUAAAAAAUAACGCCAUAACCAUGCUGCUGAGGCAAAAUAUAAUAUUUCAAAGCCAAUUGGAUUAUGUAUAAGUGCAUUUAUUGCAUCAAAAUCUAACCACUUAAAAGAUAAUGUCAUAACCACGCUGAUGAGGCUCAAAUCAUUACUUACUAUUCCUAGAAACUUUUGAAGUAAACCAAAAAUGUAACAGGUGAUGGGGUUAAAAUUAAUUGAAAAUUGUAUUACAUUAUAUUUGUAUUCAUUAAAUAUUGUAUCCCAUGACUGUGUGAGAAUAAAUCUAAUACAUAAAUCAA